AUGGAUUCCAAGGACCUGCCCUCGUCGCCCAUGGACCAGCCGCUCACGCCCCUACAGGAGGGCCCGUCGACGCCCCACGACGUGGAGCCCGCGCCGGCCGUCCAAGAGCUGUCGCUGGCCGACCAGGCCAUCCAAAGGGAGGUAGACGAGGUCAUCUACUCUGAUAUCGGAGUCAACACGCUCCUCACCCGACUCAAGCAGAGCAUUGCUUCUGCCAGGGACUUCUCCAACUUCCUCGGCAAGCGCUCUAAGCUUGAGGAGGAGCAAGCUCAAGGCGUCAAGAAGCUAUGUCGCUCCACGCACGAGGCUCUCCGCCGGAACGAUUCGCGCCAGGGCACCUAUGGCAUCCAGUACGAGGAGACAACAAAGCUCCACGAGCGCAUGGCCGACAAUGGAAUGCAGUUUGCCCUGUCGCUUCAUCAGAUGCACGAGGACCUGAAUGAGCUUACGAACACCAUCGAGAGGCAGCGGAAGCAUUGGAAGCAGACUGCUCUGGCGAGCGAGAAGAAGGUGUCCGACGCAAUCUCGCAGAUGGAAAAGGCCAGGGCCAAGUAUGAGUCGCUGGCAGAAGACUACGACAAGGUCAAGACUGGCGAUAAGUCCGCAGGCAGGAUGUUUGGUAUCAAGGGCCCCAAGAGCGCCGCCCAACACGAGGAGGACAUCCACCGUAAGCUCCAGGCCGCCGACGCCGACUACAAGAGCAAGGUUGAGAAUGCGCAACUGCUGCGGACUGAGCUUGUGGAAAAGCUGCGGCCUCAGGGCGUCCGGGCCAUGAUGGAGCUUAUCAAGGAAUGUGACUCAGGCUUGACACUGCAGAUGCAGAAGUUUGCAUCGUUCAACGAGAAGCUUCUGCUUGGAAACGGCAUCCUCGUCGCACCAUUGAACAACCCUGGCGAACCGGAACAUCCUAGUCUCCGCGACAUCAUCUACAAGAUUGACAAUGACAGGGAUCUCACAUCCUACAUCACUGAGCACUCUGGAAAGGUUCCACGGCCCCCGGAAAUCAAAUACCAACAGCAUCCUACUCUGGCCCCGACACAACAACCUUCUUACCCAUCGGCGCCGAUAUCUGAUCCUUUCCGCCCUUCGCAGCCCUCGCCGGUCAACGCCCAGCCACCUCCCCCUCAGCCUCACCAGCAGGAUCAGCCACCGUUCCUUUCAUACCAACCUCCGAGGGAACCCUCUCCGAUUCUGUCGCCGGUAAAUGAUGGCCCACAGCAGAACCCAUACUCGUCUCCUCUUGAGUCGAACCCACCGUACCCAACGAGCGACUUUCCCCAGCAUUCUCCUGGAUUUAGUAACGGUGGUGCUCCCGGAAGCGGGCCGCCUACGCACUACUCCAACGCCCCACCGAUCAAGCCAAUGUUUGGUAUGACGCUGGACGAUUUAUUCCACAGAGAUGGGUCGCCAGUCCCAGUUGUUGUUUACCAGUGUAUCCAAGCCGUCGAUAUGUUUGGCUUGGAAACAGAGGGCAUCUACCGGGUUCCUGGUACUAAUUCGCACAUCAUGUCCAUGAAGCAGAUGUUUGACCACGACGCGUCGUCGGUUGACUUCCGUAACCCAGAGGCAUUCUACCAUGAUGUCAACAGCGUUGCUGGUCUUCUGAAGCAGUUCCUGCGUGAUCUUCCGGAUCCACUGCUCACCACAGCGCAUUACGAAGAGUUAAUUGAGGCGGCAAAGAUUGAUGAUGACACGGUCAGAAGGGACAGCCUUCACGCAAUCAUCAACGCACUGCCCGACCCCAACUACGCCACGCUGAGGGCACUGGUGUUGCACCUGAAUCGCAUCCAUGACAGGAGUGCCAGCAACAGGAUGAGCACAACCAAUCUGGCAAUCUGCUUCGCACCUACCGUUAUGGGACAGCACAGGGGUGCCAUGGCCGAUGCUGGACUGCAGGCCAAGGUGUUGGACACGAUCCUUGUCAACACCUACCAGAUCUUUGAUGAGGACUAG